UCUGAUGGCGGGAGUGAACUGAACACAAUACUUUUUUUUUUCAUUCAUAUAAAGUCAUAAGAUACACUUUCCCCAACAAGAGGAAAUUUGCUCAACUACAAUAAUAUCUCUAUUCAGUUCGAGGAAAACACCUCCCAAACCUCCGCGCUGAUGGGAAUGUAAUAUCUCUCUUUGUUUUUAUUUCCUUGGUGACGAUCCAAGUCACUGGGUCACAGUUUGACUGAGACGAGUGAGACGUGGUGGGAGUUUGACGGCCUGUCUGCCGGUGAUGUGACGGCUGGCUUUUGCGGCUGUGACGUAACCGUGGGUGAGUAGGUCCUGUUAAAAGCCACGUGAGGACGGAGGUGACUCCAUUGACUCUGAGGAGCCGAGAAGUAAACACACACACAGAGACACACACACACCGCACACACACGAGAGAUGAUCUGGACCGUUUUCCUGCUCGUCCAAGCUGUCCUGUUUUAUUUCAUCCUCACGCACCGAUCGAGAUCGAAGACUGAUCCCCCUCUGGACAAAGGAGUGAUCCCCUGGUUAGGCCACGCACUUGAGUUUGGAAAGGAUGCUUCCAAGUUCUUGAAUCGAAUGAAGCUGAAACAUGGCGACAUUUUCACAGUGCGUGCUGCUGGCCGUUACGUGACGGUGCUGCUGGAUCCACACUCCUACGACACGGUCAUCAACGACUCGGACUCCCUGGACUUCACCCGCUACGCGCAGGUGCUCAUGGAGAGGAUCUUCAACCUGCGGCUCCCACAUGACCAGCCGGCGAAAGCAAAAGCAAUGAUGAUAAAGCACUUCAGGGGAGCGAAUUUUGGCGCCCUUACCAGCACCAUGAGCAGACACCUGCGGGCCUUGCUGAAAGCUGAGAUGCCUCUGAACCAGAAAGACUGGAAAGAUGAGGGACUCUUCAACCUUUCUUACAGCCUUCUCUUCAAGGCGGGGUACCUGACGCUGUUCGGUGGGGAGCAGAACAACAACAGCACCGAUCCGUCGCGCGUCUACGAGGAGUACAAGAAGUUUGAUGGUCUGCUGACCAAACUGGCCAGAGGAACGCUGAAGCCCGAGGAGAAGAGGACAGCCCAGGGCGUUCGGCAGAGGCUGUGGGAGCUCCUGGCCACGGCCGGCCUGACCGAGGACUCGGGGUCCAGCCCCUGGCUUCACGCCUACAGGAGGCUGCUGCAGGAGGAGGGGGUGGAUGAGGAGACGCAGAAGAAAGCCGUGCUGAUGCAACUCUGGGCCACACAGGGUAAUGUCGGUCCUGCUGCAUUUUGGCUGUUGGGCUUCUUGUUGACACAUCCUGAGGCUCUGACAGCGGUGAAGACGGAGAUGGAAACCUCGGAGACCUCGCCGCUGGAAAGACAUGCGGACACCCCUGUGUUUGAUAGUGCCUUGGAAGAGGCCCUCAGACUCACUGCUGCCCCCUUCAUCACCAGGGAGGUAGUGCAGGAGAAGACCCUCCACAUGGCUGAUGGCCAAGAGUACCUGCUGAGGAAAGGAGACAGGGUGUGUUUGUUCCCCUUCAACAGCCCUCAGAUGGACCCGGAAAUUCACCAGGAGCCACAGAAAUUCAAGUACGAUCGGUUCCUGAACGAAGAUGGAUCAGCGAAGAGGGACUUUUAUAAAGGAGGGAGGCGGCUGAAAUAUUACACCAUGCCAUGGGGCGCAGGGACCAAUGGCUGUGUGGGGAAGCAGUUUGCCAUCAAUACCAUCAGACAGUUUGUUUACAUGGUGUUGACGGACUACGAUUUGGAGCUGUGUGACCCAGAUGCUCAGAUGCCCGAGGCAGACGCCGGUCGUUAUGGAUUUGGCAUGCUACAGCCACAGGGGGACCUACUCAUCCGUUACAAGCCGCGAUAAAAAAAAGACUUUAAAGAAAAAGCAAAACACAUCUGUUAUGCACAUUUCAACACCUGUACAUUGUAUAUACUGUCAAUAUUCCCUUUGUACUUUUAUACAUUUUAUAUUUAUGAGGUGUAUUUAUAUCACACAGUAUAAAUAUAUUUUUUGUUAUUUAUCAAU